AUGUGGGCUGAUACGCUUUUAAUAGUAUUUAUUUCAAUAUGCACUGCUUUAUUAGGAGAAGGAUUAACGUGGCUAAUGGUAUAUCGUACAGAAAAAUAUCAAAAGUUAAAAGCAGAAGUAGAAAAACAAAGUAAAAAAUUAGAAAAACGAAAGGAAAUCCAUGGAGAUUCAUUGGACAAGCAGCAUAAGAAAAAAAUUGAAAGGGAGGAGGAGAGACUUAAAAACAAUAAUAGAGACCUAUCAUUUGUAAAAAUGAAAUCCAUGUUUGCCAUUGGAUUUGCAUUUACCGCAUUAUUGAGUAUGUUUAAUAGCAUAUUUGAUGGAAGAGUUGUAGCCAGACUUCCAUUUUUGCCUCUAAACUGGAUCCAAGGUUUAAGCCAUAGAAAUCUUCCAGGUGAAGAUUUUUAUGAUUGUUCAUUCAUAUUUUUGUAUAUCUUAUGUACCAUGUCUAUAAGACAAAAUAUCCAAAAACUACUUGGAUUUGCUCCUUCUCGUGCUGCAUCAAAACAAGGAAACAGCUUGUUUGGACCCACUCCUGGACAGUUCAAGUAA